GGGGGAAAAUAAAAAUAGAGAGGAAGUUAGCUGGAUUUUCUCAAUUUUCCAGAGCAGAUUAACUCGAUAUAAUGGCUUUUCAACUGGACGAUUUACUGAGGGACGACAAGAGGGACGGUAAUUUAAUUCCCGACUUGAGUAAAGCUACGUGUAAUUCACAGGAUGAAUUCCGUCGGCUACGUGAACGCUGUCCCGAGUACAAGAUUAAACCGGAGAAGCUGAAGAGGGAAGACGCGAAAGUAAGGGAUAAGGAUUUCUCGUGGCGAACGACGAAGAAAGAGAUGAAGAUGAUGGAGCGGGAGUGGGGGUACGGCGAUCCGAUUCCACCGGAUAUGAGGAGCUUGGAUCUUCAGGAGCUUCAGAGGGUGGCUAUUGAUUGGCGAAUGUUGACACCGUUGAGGCCGAAGCUGAGAGCUGACGAGGAGAUGUUUUCUCGAUUGGUUGAAAUGGGAAAACUUGAGCUAAAGACAUUAGCAAAAGACCGUCGCAUAUCCAUCAGUCCAAUCCGCCGGAGUAAGAAUCGCGCCGGAAUAAUAGAGAGCAGCGUAAAAAUCUGCGGUGAAUGUGGCGAGGAGUAUUGUUUCACCGAGACCUGCGGUGACAUACUCUACGACUCAUUCACCCGUGUCACAGUGGCGCCCCAACAACAGAAGAUCAAAGUCUCGGAGGACACUGCGGCCAUCAUCGCCGGUAUGAACAAAGGCAAGCGAAAGAAGAAGAAGAAGAAAGGGUUGAGGAUUAAAGUCAGUGUGCCGGCUCGCAAGAGUGCGAGAUUAGUGACGAGGAGAAAACAGAAGAAGAGUAAGAGCGAUAGCACAAAGGGAACUGCUGUCAAUGGGGACAAGAGUGAAAAUGAUGGAAAAGUGAAGAAAUUCAAGCGGAAGUGCAGCAAACACUCGAAGAAGAGUCAUUUGUCACCGAAAUAG